AUGAAGGCCUUCAUUGUUCUAGUGUUGUGUGUUGCAUCCGCCCUGGCGGGUUACGAAGAAGAUCAGUGGUUGGAGAAAAACAGUGUGCGUCCUUUGGGUUUGGAGAAUUUCAAGGAGCCCCGAUAUACAGGAAGAAUCGUUGGUGGUGAUGAAGUUUCUAUCAGCGAUUACCCGUUCCAGUUAUCACUUCGUUCGAAUAAUGCUCACAUUUGCGGCGGUUCGAUUAUUUCAAGCAACUGGGCAUUGUCGGCCGCUCAUUGCACUCAUCCACUGCCUGCAGUUAGCUCGAUAACUUUCCGUGCUGGAAGCGCUAGUCGACUCACUGGAGGAACUGUGUUUCAAGCUGCUGAGAUAAUAAACCAUCCACAAUACAAUUCAAAUACCCUCGAUAACGAUGUCUGUGUUAUUCGAGUCACAACAUCCUUCGCAGGAACGGACAUCGCCCCAAUCUCGCUCGUUUCAAGCGGAACCAGUAUCGCUGCUGGUACUCGUAGUGUCGUAUCUGGAUGGGGUCUGACUGUCACCGGUGGAUCCUUACCGGUCAACUUGAGAGCCGUCGAUAUUCCCGUUGUUGCUCACAGCACCUGUCAGAGUCAAUGGGGAGCUGGAAGCGUCACCGUAAACAUGGUUUGCGCUGGUGAGCCAGGACGUGACUCCUGCAACGGGGACAGCGGUGGUCCGCUCGUUACCGGUGGAAACCAGUUUGGUAUUGUAUCCUGGGGUGCUACACAAUGUGGUGGUAACCUGGCUGGAGUGUAUACCGACGUGGGUGCUAGUAGCAUUCGCAACUUCAUCAGUUCGAAUACCGGCGUGUAAUUUGUUUUGCUGAAGUGGAUCAAUAAUACUCUCAAA